GCUGCUGUUUUGGUUGAGAAUGUGGCAUUCUUCAGUAAAAUGCUAGUGGGAAAACUCUACUCUGGAAUGUUUGUGGUAGAGCCAGAGAAUCUCCUGGUCUUCAUGGCUGAACAGAUAGCAAUGGCACUGGAGAGAGGUCAUGGUAAUCGGGAAAUAACAGUCAGCGUUCUGUACAAAAACCUGAACCGAGCCCUUCUUUACUUCCUGUCUCGACCCAGACAGACUCCAGCUGAGCAGGAACUCAUCGUUCAAACACUUCGCUUGUUACAGCAGCACUGGGAUGUGAUCAUGGCAACAUACAAUGCCAAUGUCCACUUCAUCAUCUGUCUCAUGCACUGCCUCGUACUUAUCCGCUCUGGCAGUUUUCUUGAAGGGUUUGGCUGCGAAGUCCAUAAAAAACCUACAAGAAACAUCUGGAGGCACAUUUUUCUACACAAGAACAACCGGGUGAUGUCACAGACUAAUGUUACAGAUUCAGCAGAAGUAGUGGAGUCGGAGCUGAUGCUGCUUGUGGAAAGCACCUGGAAUCGAGUCAUGAGGGAGCGGAGACAGGCACUAGAGGAGGCAUAUAAAAUCGACCUCUCUGCUAAGCCGGGCAGCAAGGAGGGCCAGGUUUCUAUGGGUGAUGUGAGCCCUCUGUGGGAGGAGACGGCCAUGAAAGCUUGGCAGGUCUUUAUAGACUCUCAGAAGAAAAAAGCAAAUAAUGGUCACCAGAAGAGGGCAGGACUUCUCAGCAGUGCGUUGCAGUCUGUUCAGAAGAGGUUUGGGAAGGAUCCAGUCUGCACUCCUGAGGGGUUUGUCUUAGACAUGGAAGCACACUGGAAAACUUGUGAGACCAUAUUUGACAGCAUGUUGAGGAGUCACGCACAGAUGAUGCAUAAUGAGAAUGAUCGUAUGGCCAUUCAGUGGCUAAGAAUAGAGGAAGACUUGCUCAGAGAGAGGGGUCUCUUUGGCCCUGGUCCAGGAGUCUUCCUCAAACGAGGCUGGGUGCAGAACACCGCAGAGGGGCGCAACCGCACACGAUCCCGAAUUCGCAGACAGCAGCUACAUCGAUCCAAAAAGAUGCCAUCACUGACCUCAGGCCUCAUUCAGAAGAAUUUUGUUGAAGAAAUCAAAGGAGCUACAGAAAUUAUUGAGGCUGAUUCAGACCCCAGGAUCCUGUGCGAGCCAAGCCGGGAGGUUGAGGAAGAGCACAGUUUGGACUGUCAGCAAUUGACCUUUUUCCCUGUCCUUAAUGAGGCCUCACCUCUGCCCGAGGAUUUCUCAGAGCAGUGCAUGGAUACUCAACUCAUACUGAAGGAGCUGGAACCCACUGAAGAGGUCAAAGCGAAACACUGUGUGGUGGUCGUCAGUGGUCACAUAGUGACCGAAGGAGUGCUGUUGUUUGGCAAAGCUGACCUCUACAUAUGUGAGGGCUUCACAUUGACCUCCACUGGAGAUGUGUGCUGUAGAAUCCAUCAUCAGACCAAUGUGAGAGACUCAUAUAUUUGCAAUAUGAUGACUAAAGAGAAAAGCUCAGUGAGCCCAAACUGCAAACGCUGGUCAUAUGAUGACAUCAAAGAGGCCAGUUUCAUGCGCUUUCUACUUGAGGACAAUGCCCUGGAAAUUUUCUUAAAGAACGGAACUUCAGUUUUCCUGGUAUUCUUCAACAAUGACCACGUCAACGCAUAUAAAAGGCUGUGCUCUGUGGUCUCCUCAUUAAAGGGAAGGGGAGAAACUGUACUUAAUGUGAGAAAGAUGGCAGCAGUUGAGAAGACUGCCCUAAUUAAAUGGCAGAGAGGAGAAAUCAGUAACUUUGAAUACCUUAUGCAUUUAAACACACUUGCUGGGCGGACAUACAAUGACUUGAUGCAAUAUCCUGUUUUUCCAUGGAUCAUUGCUGAUUACGAAUCAGAGACUCUGGAUCUGUCCUGCCCUGCUACAUUCAGAGAUCUGUCCAAACCAAUGGGAGCUCAAAAUGAGAAGAGGAGAGAGAAAUUCAUUCAGAGAUACAAUGAGGUGGAAAACAGUGAUGGUGAUCUGUCAGCUCAGUGUCAUUACUGCACACACUAUUCCUCAGCAAUCAUAGUGGCCUCGUACCUGGUGAGGAUGGAGCCUUUCUCCCAGACCUUCCUCCACCUGCAGGGCGGAAUGUUUGACGUUCCAGAGCGGAUGUUUCACAGCGUUCAGAAUGAGUGGGAAUCUGCAUCUAAGGACAACAUGAGUGAUGUCAGAGAGCUCAUUCCAGAAUUUUUCUACCUCCCAGACUUUCUUGUCAACUCCAACCAAUUUGACUUUGGUUGCAUGCAGGAUGGAACACCAUUAGAUGAUGUGGUUUUGCCACCUUGGGCCAAAGGAGACCCACAGGAGUUCAUCAGAGUGCACAGAGAGGCUCUUGAGAGUGAUUACGUGAGUGCACGCCUGCAUCUUUGGAUUGAUCUGAUCUUCGGAUACAAACAGCAGGGUCUGGCCGCAGUAGAGGCCCUCAACACCUUUCACCCAUAUUUCUACACUGACAAACACGACAGAGCGAGCAUGAAGGAUCCUGUCGUGAAAAGCACUGUCCUUGGCUACAUCAGCAACUUUGGCCAAAUACCUAAGCAGCUCUUCACAAAACCACACCCUAGCCGCACAUCUCACAAAGGUUCUGGUGGGAAAGAGACAUCAGUAUCCAGUCAGAUAACCCCAUUUUUCUUUAAACUGGACAAGCUCAAGCUUUCCGCCCAGGCUAUUAAAGAGCUCACGCUGGGUCCUGUUGGUCAAAUUGUGUGUAGAGAGAAAGAUGUAUUGGUCGUGGAAAAAAACAAACUUCUCAUCCCACCUCAUUGGAACACAUACUUCAGCUGGGGCUCUUAUGACCAGACCUGCUCUUUUGGGAGCUACACAGCUGAAAAGAGCUUUGCAGUGUGUGAGAGCCUGUCGGACUGGGGAUAUGCUGUAUGUGCCGCCUGCCCCAACAACAGCACCAUCAUCACGGCCGGGACCAGCACUGUUGUCUGUGUGUGGGAUGUCUCCAUCAGCAAGGACAAACUUAAACACAUGAGACUCAGACAGACCUUGUAUGGACACACAGACACUGUGACGUGUCUGGUAGCUUCAGAAGCACAUAGCAUGAUUAUUAGUGGCUCUUUGGACCAGACCUGCAUCCUGUGGGAUCUGGAGGAGCUCGGCUACAUCACACAGUUGCCAGAACAUUCCUCUGCCGUGUCUGCCCUGGCUAUUAAUGACCUGACCGGUGAGAUUGUGUCAUGCGCAGGGACCCAUUUGUACUUGUGGACCAUGAAGGGGGAGCUUCUGGCCUCUUUAAACACUUCCUGCCGGCCUGAAGGAAACAUUCUCUGCUGCUGUUUCACACAGAAGAAUGAGUGGGACCCCCGCAACGUGAUCAUCACCGGCAGCGCUGACGGCAUCGUCCGGAUAUGGAAGACUGAAUAUACUAGAGUACAAUUACCUGGACAUGAGGAGUGCUCGGUGCCUCAAGGGGAUGUUUUGUCGUCAGUUCCUGAGGAAGCAGACAGCUGCUCAUGGAAGUGGGAAAGACACCUGGUGCUCUGUCGAGAGUUAAAACGCAAUCAGGUCAUCUCUCGUCGACGCUGCAAAAAUAACCCUGCGAUUACAGCUCUGGGCAUAUCAAGAACGCAUGGCACACUGCUGGUUGGUGAUGCCUGGGGCAGGGUGUACAGCUGGUCCUGUGAGAGCUAGGAUCAGUGGGUCAUCCGUCAGUCAGUGUUAAAGUCAGCUGUAACUGCAGCUGAAUGCAGCCACAUGCCAGCGGAGAGACCAGCUUAAGCACUGCCUACAUAUGCACUUUGCUCUCACCACUUCCAGCUGGACUGCUGACUUCAGGAGACCUACUUUGGGUCUGGUGAAUUACAGGGAUGACGCAUUCUUUCUUGGACUGAGUGAGGCUUGCUGGCCACAGUUGGAAAUGCAACACUGCUUAUUUAAGAAAUUAAAGAUGAUGGCAUUUAAAAAAAUAAAUUAGGCCCAGUUGGUUGAUCGGUUUUAUUGUAUAGUAGCUCUCUUUCUUUCACUGGACUCCCAGAAAACCAACAUACUGUUUAUUUCUUAAACAUCGGUAUGCUCGAGUUUCAAAAGGCAUUCGCUUGCGUUCCAUUAUAUAUUUUUGUUUUAAACUACACCAGUGGAGUUUUUAUUUUAUUUUAUAAAGCAGCAGGGCUCUGUUUACUAGUUGUGGUUUAUGUUGUAAGAUUUGUUUUAUAUAGUAUAUACUGUAUAUCAAAAAGAUUUUAUUAGUUAAAUUUAACUGUAAUUAAAUCCAAAUAAAAUUGCUCACUCAAUAUGCGGUCCUGCUAGCUCAGUGUGGGACAUGCUACUGUUAAAGGGCUGAAUCAACCUCCUCAGCCAAUUAGAGUCAGAGUUUCCAUUGCCAGUGUGCCCCAGAUUCCCAUCACAGAGGGUGUGGAUCUGUAAAGGUGCAUUUAGAUGCAUUCCAUGAUCUGGAGAAUUCUGAAAUACAUGCCAAUAAAUUAUGGCAUACAGGAAACAACAGUGAUAUGCUGUUUUGACUGUGUAAAGAAGUAUUAUUGGUAACAGCUAAAUUUGUUAAAAUUAUUGCAUUCGUGUGUGUGUGUGUGUGUGUGUGUCUAAAAAUCUGCAGUUGUUAAUAUUUUAAAUGUUUUUGAAAGAAAUAUCUUAUGCUCACCAGCUUAAAGUAGCUGUUUUCUAUUUUAAUUUAUUUUAAGCUGAGUUGGUGUUCAAGAAACAUUUCUAACUCUUAUCAGUGUUAAAAACAGUUCUGCUGCUUAAUAUUUUUGUAGAAAUUGUGAUUUCUUUUUGUCAGGAUGUCAAGGAUUUUGUAACAAUGUAAGAGUCUUUACUGUCAGUUUUGAUCAAUGUAAUGUGACUUUGCUACACAGAAGUAAAACCUACCCCAACGUUUGAA